CAGCACCAUGCACAGCCUGCUGACGGGAGAACCCUCCGGCUGGCUCUGGAUCCGGAUCCAGGCCUUCCUGGCCUCCUACCUGUCCUGCCUCACCAUCUACCUACAGGCGGGCCUGCUGUUCUGCCGCUGGGUCCACAUCGCCUUCCCGUACCACUACGCGCAGCACCUGACGCGCGGGCGGCUGAUUCUGGGCAUCGCGGCGUGCAACAUGAUCGCGCUGGUGCCGCCGCUGGUCGGGCUGGCGCGCGCCGGCCGCGUGUCGACCUGGGCGCUGGACGUGGCGUCCGUGGACCUGGCCCGGCCCGUGAGCCUGCUGCUGCCCGGCACACCAGGAGGCAUCGAGAGUACCGUCACCAUGUGCCUGAGCGGCUUCGGCGUCUUCCUCACUUGCUGCAUCGCCGGUCUCAUCUUCAAGGUUGCCUGUGACAGCCAGUCCAAGCACGACCAGAAGGUGGCCUGGGCCGCCCAAGCUGACCAGCUGCCUCGGAAGCUCAAGGCGGUAAAGACCUUCGGGAUCGUCGUCGGCGUGCAGUGGGUCUCCUGGAUGCCGCUCAUCAUCACGGGGGCGACGCUGAAGCUUGUGGGCAUCCCUGAGCACACGGCGGCCAUCUUGGGUGACGUCACCUACAGCAUCAUGCAGACCUCGACCUUUACCGAUUCCAUUGUGUACGCUUAUCGUAACGAUAUAUAUCGCAAGGCCAUGAAGAAGGCCUACCGCAAGCUGCGAAGCGUCGUCAACGACUUCGAGUUCGAGUUCGAGUUCGAGAUGAGAACAAUGUAA